UGCAUCUUUCGGCCAGCAUUCCUUUCCUUUCCCCCCUUCUCCUCCAUCCUCUAGGCCACAAAAGCUAGGUAGCAACCGCAUGCCUACGCUCGCAACAGUCACUUUAACUUCCUCCUCCUCCAACUCGCUAGCUUUUACUCUCACUCAUCCUCACUCUGUGACCUCUCUUGUGCAAGGGAGGUAGGGGUGGAACAGAGUACUGGGCUACUGGGUGGUCAGAGCAUGCCGGGUUCGUUCCGGAUGGAUCGAUCAGCUCUGGCGACCGCCUCUGCAAAAAGCGAUCCAUGUCCCUUUGACUCCCCUUUCUUUCCCCAGCUCUUCCAUUACAUUGAUCCCCUCUCUCCCUACACACACCUCGCAUUGUUCCUUCCUUCCUUCAUCCUCGGCUAUAUAAGCUCACCUCCCUUCUCUCCCCGUUAUCCUCAUCUAGCUUGAUCCCCUGCAUUUUGCUUACCAAGAAAGAAACAAUUUUGCACUAGCUAGGCACCACAAGGCACCAGUCCACUAGCUAGAUAGAAGCAGCAGGAGGAAGAAGAAGAUGAUGAGGAUGCAGCAGCAGCAGGUGGUGGCGGUGGAGGGCGGCGUCGUCGUCUCCAAUGGCGGCGGCAUGGAGUCGCCGGACGACUCCUCCUCGUCGUCGGCAAUCGUGUACGAGCGUGUGGCGGCGAUGGCGUCGGGGAGCGCGGUGGUGGUGUUCAGCGCGAGUGGGUGCUGCAUGUGCCACGUGGUGAAGCGCCUCCUGCUGGGGCUCGGGGUGGGGCCGGCCGUGUACGAGCUCGACCAGCUCGGCGGCGCCGGGCGGGAGAUCCAGGCGGCGCUGGCGCAGCUGCUGCCGGGCAGCAGCAAUGGCGGGGCGGUGGUGCCGGUGGUGUUUGUCGGGGGGAGGCUGCUGGGCGGGGUGGACAAGGUCAUGGCCUGCCACAUCAAUGGCUCCCUCGUCCCGCUCCUCAAGGACGCCGGCGCGCUCUGGCUCUGAACCACGAGAGCUUGCCUUUUCUCUCUCGCCGGAGCUGGAGAUGAUGAUCGAUCGAUCGAGAAGAUUCAAGGCCGGCCCCGAGAUUCUUCAUUCGGCGGCGGCGGCCAAGUGUGCCUUAGCUGUGUUUUCGUUUUCUUUUCCUUUACUUUGUGUUGUGUCAUGUGUGAUCGAUGGAGCUUGGCGUCCAUGAUGAUGACGAUGAGAUGUCUGUCUGCGUGUGUGUGUGUGUGUGUGUUAAGCUCUAGUAGCUGGCUAGUGAGAGACGAUGCCUGUGUAGAUAUAAUUAACAAGCAAGCAAAGCUUAAUUUAUCUAGCCCUUCGUGUUGCUUC